GUCAAAAAAGGAACAAAUUGUGUUCUCUGUAUGCAGAGGGGAACUGUGCACUGCUAGAAGAACUUUGAAACGCCUUCAGACUUCACGCUGCUUGCCUCGUGGCUGCUCUGCCUGUUAUUGAUAGUGGUGGGACAAUACUGGCCACGCUGGGCUUAGAGAGAGGGAGAGCUGGUACUACCUCUGGCAAAUUGCUGGUAUAACGAGCAGCAUGUUGAAAGUAACUUGACUGAAAUGGCAGCUCUGCAGGAGAUGCUGAGAAGCACGAGCUGUGUGGAAGCUGGAGAAUGUUCUCAUUAGCUGACUGGAGAAUUUGUGGUAUCCAUUUUAAGAAAUAAAGAAGGAUUUGAAGAUGACAACCUCAUGGAGUGACCGACUCCAGAAUGCAGCAGAUCUCCCUGCAAACAUGGAUGGGCAUGCUCUGAAAAAGUACCGCCGGGAAGCCUAUCACCGGGUCUUUGUAAACAGAAGUUUAGCUAUGGAAAAGAUCAAGUGCUUUGGUUUUGAUAUGGAUUAUACGCUUGCUGUGUAUAAAUCCCCUGAAUACGAAUCUCUUGGAUUUGACCUGACCGUAGAAAGAUUAGUUUCCAUUGGAUACCCUCAUGAGCUGCUCAAUUUUGUGUAUGAUCCUGCAUUCCCUACCAGAGGCCUGGUGUUUGAUACCCACUAUGGAAACCUGCUGAAAGUUGAUGCCUAUGGAAACCUUUUGGUGUGUGCACAUGGCUUUAAUUUCCUCAGAGGGCCUGAAACACGGGAUCAAUAUCCGAACAAAUUUAUCCAGAGGGAUGACACAGAUAGGUUUUACAUUCUGAACACAUUGUUCAAUCUACCAGAGACCUACCUGUUGGCUUGCCUCGUGGAUUUCUUUACUAAUUGUGACCGGUACACCAGCUGUGAAACAGGGUUUAAAGAUGGAGACCUCUUCAUGUCAUUCAGGAGUAUGUUCCAAGAUGUCAGAGAUGCUGUUGACUGGGUUCAUUACAAGGGGUCGCUCAAGGAGAAGACCCUUGAGAAUUUGGAGAAGUACGUGGUGAAAGAUGGGAAGCUGCCACUGCUGCUGAGCCGCAUGAACGAAGUUGGGAAGGUGUUUCUUGUGACAAACAGCGACUACAAAUACACAGAUAAAAUUAUGACUUACUUGUUUGACUUUCCACACGGACCAAAGCCUGGGAGUGCCCAUCGGCCAUGGCAGUCCUACUUUGACCUGAUCCUGGUGGAUGCACGGAAACCCCUGUUCUUUGGGGAAGGCACUGUGCUGCGGCAGGUGGACACGGUGACUGGGAAGCUGAAGAUCGGUACCUACACUGGCCCACUGCAGCACGGCAUCGUGUAUUCUGGAGGCUCCUCAGACACAGUCUGUGACCUGCUGGGGGCUAAAGGGAAGGAUAUUCUGUACAUUGGAGAUCACAUCUUCGGAGACAUCCUCAAAUCCAAGAAGCGCCAGGGCUGGAGGACCUUCCUAGUGAUCCCUGAGUUGGCACAGGAGCUACACGUCUGGACUGACAAAAGCGCCCUUUUUGAAGAGUUGCAGAGCCUGGACAUCUUCUUGGCCGAGUUAUACAAGCAUCUGGACAGUAGCAGCAAUGAACGCCCUGACAUCAGCUCCAUCCAGAGACGCAUUAAGAAAGUGACCCAUGACAUGGACAUGUGCUACGGGAUGAUGGGGAGCCUCUUCCGCAGCGGCUCCCGGCAGACCCUGUUUGCCAGCCAGGUGAUGCGCUACGCCGACCUCUAUGCAGCCUCCUUCAUCAACCUCCUUUACUACCCUUUCAGCUACCUCUUCAGAGCCGCCCACGUCCUGAUGCCACACGAGUCCACAGUAGAGCACACACACGUGGACAUCAACGAGAAGGAGUCGCCCAUGGCCACGCGCAAUCGCACCUCGGUGGAUUUUAAGGAUUCUGACUACAAGCGGCACCAACUGACCCGCUCCAUCAGUGAGAUCAAACCGCCCAACCUCUUCCCCCAGGCACCUCAGGAAAUCACACACUGCCACGAUGAAGAUGAUGAUGAGGAAGAGGAAGAGGAGGAGGAAGAGGAAGAAGAAGAGUAAGAAGGAAGAAGUAAAGAAUUUCUGAAGAUAAACCGUGACUCUAGCAGUGAUGAGGAGGAGAUUCCUAUGUUGGGGCCCUUGGGGUGAUGGGUUGGGGGUGUGUGAUUCCUGCAAAGGCACGUUUUGAAAGCGGCCGGAAACUUUCAUCAAAUUAACACUAAUCAGGAGGAGACCUUUGUUUUCAGUUCUGCAGACGGUUCAACAAGCUGAUGGAUCUGCCUGGGUGGUGCAGUCAGAUGGCGCUGCCCGCCCGUGCUGUAACGCUGCUCCCAUUCCAUAUGGGGAUGCUGCGUGAUUUUUUCCUUUCCCAUGAUGUGUUUCCAUUCGAACGGUGUCCUGUAAACGGUUUUUGCCAUUUGUUACAUUCAUGUGGAGGAGGAAGGGAUGUGCUGAGCCCUGCAGGAAACACAACAAUCCAACUCCUGCCACUGGGUUGCCACCCUUUGCUCUACUGCAUUCAAACCAUCCCCACCACGAUAGCCAGGGUGCUGCUGUAGCCUCCAGCUCCACGUCCACCCCUGCUUGGCAAGAGUCUCCUGUGAAUGGUUCAGUUCCUCCGUCCAUCACAGAUAGCAGCAGGAUUCCGGCUCUUACGUGCAUUUUGCAGCUGUACACAUUUCAGUUUGUAGGCGGUGUUGUCCCCUCCCUGUUUCACACUCUCUUUCAUCAGCAGCAUUCAGUGCCUGAUUGCCAGCGCGUUUCCCAAACAGCAGAGCCGCACGCUGUGUUCUCAACUCAACUCCUGUCCUUCCAACAGUAAAUAUUUACCCCACAGCUUCAAGCUACCGCUUUAGCGUUACAUUAGUUGGCUUGUCUUCCUCGCUGCCUGUUCCUGACCCUUCUGUCUGUCCCAAAGACAAAACCAGCCACAGUGAGGGACCCUGUUUCCAGGGUGCUGCUGGACAAGCAGCUCUACCCCAACAGGAAACAGCGUAUGCCACAGUGCUGGGCAGGAGGCUCUCAUCCACCCGCAGCUCCAUCGCCUUUGGCCCGGUGCAGAGCACAGUGAUGCUGCGUCCUGGCUGAGGGAGUGACUCAUGGCUGCCAUGUGGGGACCGGACCGCUGUGGCUGAUGGUGCAGCUCUGCCAUUGCUGGUCUUUCUCUCUGUUAUGGGUGCAGCUUCCCUGACUCCAGCCUGUGCCGUUCACAUGUGAAGGGAUUACAGUGGGGGGGGCCUCUUGUAAUGAAUUCGACUGUUGUUUCAGUACCAUAAGCGCAUUUAAUCUUCUUUUUUUCUUCCCCCCCCUAUUUUAAAGUACCUUAGGAGAAAAUAAAAAUAAUACACAUCACCACCCUCUGAGCAGGAAAUGCUGCUACUGAAGUGGCAGUUGUUCAAGUCAAUAAACCGUGAUGUUUCUAAGAA